AUGUUCGCAUUGCUUUUCCGGCUGACCACCAGUUCAGUUUCGAACUUUGGUGCUCCUAGGGUACGGAACAGCUGGGAGAACUUUGUUUUAGUCCGCCGGGUGACGAAAUCACUCGCUUUGAAUGUCCCAAAGAUGUCCGCUACGGAGCAGAUUCGCGCUUUGUUGGAUGAGUUUAUGGGCACAAGCCGUAACGGAGGAGAAGCGCCGAUCUCAUUUGAAGACCCACGCGUUUGUAAGAGUUUUCUGUUGGAUUCUUGUCCUCAUGAAAUUCUUUCCGGGACUCGCAUGGAUUUAGGUGCAUGUUCCUUGAUUCACGACCCUGCACUGAAAGCAGACUACAGAAGGGAAUCAGAGCGGAAGAGUUUUGGAUACGAAUUGGAUGUAAGUUCACAAAUUUUUAUACAUCUCGCGUGGUACCAGGCUUUAGAACACUUACAGCUGUUUAUCAGAGAAAGUGACCACCGAACUAAAUUAGCAAAGGCGAAGUUGCGGGAAACGCAAGAGGAACUAACAGAUGAAGCCCAACAAAAAGCGGAACAAAUCAACGCUUUGAGCGAGCAAAUCGGUACGAAACUCGCGAAGGCGGAACAGCUUGGUGCUGAUGGCCAUGUCGAUGAAUCGUUAGCCUUGAUGAAAGAAGUUGAAGACCUAAACAAAGAGAAGGCAAAAAGCGAAGCCGAACUUCGUACAGCUAUCCCGACAAGCACCUAUCAGCAGCAAAAACUCCGCGUCUGUGAAGUCUGUUCUGCUUACUUGGGCGUUCAUGACAAUGAUAGGCGACUGGCAGAUCACUUUGGCGGGAAGUUACACCUUGGAUUCAUCGAAAUUCGCGAGAAACUGGAGGAACUGAGGAACUAUUGUCAACAGAACCAGAUUGUUCGGAGAAGGCGGUUUGAAGGCUACAGUCGCUCAACAUUCAGUCGUGAGGCUGAGCAACAGCGGGAGAGCAGUCGGCGUCGAGAUCGCAGCAGUGAGCGACGCCACCGUUCACGUAGUCGAUCUCGAAGCCGCUCUCGCAGUAAACAUCGUAGCGGCAAACAUCGAUCCAGUGGUCGACACUCCAGACGUCACCGUUCCAGAGACAGGAGCUAG